UGCACGUAUUUAUAUUAACACUACACUGUGUGUGUUCUACAGGCUAUAAGUGCUGUUUUUCUGAGUUGUUUAGCUUCGUGUGUUGGAGGAAGCGGCGGUUAGCUAACUAGCUCAUGCUAACGUUUCAUCAGUGGGCUGCCUGUUGUCCAUGGUAAAAACUAAACGCACUGCAGUAAUGUGAUACCGUGACUCCGCAGUGGCAUCACCGGACACCGGCAGCCUGUAACGUUCGUGUGUCAGCGAUAAAACGCUAUUGUAAAUACUUUUGCAUAUCUCUUAAGAGGAGCCAGUUAACGUGUUUCAGUUAGUAACGUUAACGGUUCAUACCAACGAACCAAGAUGAAAACAUAACUGCAUCAUUCUGUGUUUAACGCCAACUAGACACUCUGACUGGAGGAUGGAUCCUGUAGUAGUAAGCUAUCAAGACAGCCUGUUGCGGCGCUCUGAUGUGUCUUUACUGGAAGGGCCUUACUGGCUCAAUGACCAAGUCAUCGGUUUUGCCUUUGAAUACUUUGCUGCCGAGCGCUUUAGAGUCCUGGGGGAGACCCUCACCUUCAUCAGCCCGGAGGUCACCCAAUUCAUCAAGUGUGCUUCCUGCCCGACUGAGUUAGCAAUUUUCCUGGAGCCGCUGGAUCUGGCUUCUCGUCACUGGGUCUUCCUAGCUGUCAACGACAACUCCAACCAGACCGCCGGUGGAUCCCACUGGAGCCUUUUGGUCUACCAUCACAUCUCCAACCACUUUGCACACUAUGACUCUCAAAACGGCAGCAAUUCACUGCACGCACGACGCAUCGCCCGCAAUUUAGAGCCUUUUUUGGGUUCGGGGAGGAAAGCACUGUUUGUGGAGGAGCCCUGCCCAUCGCAGAAGAACAGCUAUGACUGCGGUAUGUAUGUUAUCUGUAUCGCAGAGGCCUUGUGUGAGAAGGCCAGGGUGGAGAGCUCCCCACGCCUUCCUGUGCAAAUCAUCACCCCGGCCUACAUCACUCAGAAGAGGGCUGAGUGGUGCAGACUGAUCCAGAGUCUAGCUCAGAAUGACCUCUGCUGCGCUCUGUCCUUUCCUUAGCACGUCGGUUGGCCCUCACUAUAUGCAGAACAGCCUCUACAUAUCUACUGCUGGAGCAUCUGAAUGCAUUCCUUCAAAACCGUAUAUAACUCCAUGUGAAAUAUAUUUAUGUUACAGUCUCUAUCAUACUCCAUAAUAGAACAAGAUAACUCAAGGUUACAAAUCUUUAAUUGAACACUUGGUGUCAUGUUUAUGCCUUGUAUAUGCACAGCAACAUACAAUAUGUAAACCUGAACACCAGCAUGCCUAUAAAGGAAUGUACUCCCAUGUACAUAUUAAGUGAGGAUGGAGAAUAUGUCAAAGACGUGGCACAGACUUUUAUUUUUUCCGUUGUAUUAGUUUCGGCGAAUGUAGAAAUGUUUACACAGAUUAUUGCUCAGGGUCAUUUUAAAUGUAACUAGAAUUGACAAUAAGAAUGUGAAUCUGAACUUCAUGUGACAUGUUCAUUCUGUUUCUCAGUUUGAACAUCAGGCGUUAUGUCUACAACUGCAGACUUUUAGUUUUGAAACAUUUUUAAGAAGAUUGCUGUAAGAGGGUAAGACAUGCGUUGUGUGUUGUGACUGUUCAUGGUACAAAGGGCAAUGUUGAGUGGGGGAAUCUUUGAUCUGUUCUCAUGAAAAGCAACUCAAACUCAUUGUCUGUCUGUUCUAAUAAAUUUUAUGGUACAAAAUGGUA